CUCAGUCCAGUUUCUCUCCCAUCAACACACUCACGCACUUGUUCAUAUCGCUACAUAGAACACGCCAGAUGUUGGUCAAGGUUGCUACCUCAGUCCUCUGCUAUGCCGCCAUUGCCAGUGCUCAGCACCGUUGGAAUGGACGAGCAGGCAUCUCCACUAAGACUCCAUCGAUAGAGCCAGCAACUGCUAAUACUGCUGCGCCAGCAGUCUCUAUCAUCAGUGCUCCAAAAACCACCCACGCCCCCUUACCUGCUGUUGAGACGACUCCUGUGUCCCCAAAUGCCCCAGCAGAUGCCCCAAUACCCACCCUACCUGCCGCACCCGACAACAUGUUCCCCGACUACCGCCCAUACUACGGCGGUGGGUACCACUAUCCCGAUCCGGUUACAAACACACUCCGAACCGAGAUCUUCUCGACCUCUGACCUGAACCCGCUGGCACAGUAUGAGAGCCGCGACGUCACUGAAAUCAGCACUAUCGUUAUCCACCCGGCAGUGCCCACAAGCUGGGCUGCUUCCGACUUGCCACCAAUAAGCUAUCCCUCCAAGCCAGCUGGCCUGAACGAUGACGAGCAUCCCGAGACACAGCAGAGCAUGUUGGCCAAGCGCCAGUACUUCACGCCUACCACAUACACAAACUACCAUUCAGUCGACUACACCAAAACCGAGGUCGUUGGCCCCAUCUCUGUGUCAACCCAGAUAGAUAUCGUCAAUGCCCACCACGAGACCACGAUCGUGCCACCAGGUGCCAAUAUUGCUGACCCACCAUCGUCGACAAGCAAGCAGGCUGUCCCACGGCCACCGAUCAGAAAGGGUGUCUUGGAGCCGCAGGAACUGCGUAAGCGUUGGUACGGGUUUGAGAGCACAAUUACAAACUGGAUUAGCCACGCGACCUACUCGACGGUGAUCGUGGGCUCGCCAGUGAUGAUAGAAGAACGCACCAAUACCGAGUACUGGGACCAGGCUGUGUCCCCACCCAGCCUAUUCGCCACGCCCCCAUCAUCUCUCGCUGUAACCCUGUCACAGCCCACACCUACCAAGCCGAACCGGGUCAAACGCUACUAUGGCGACUCCACAGUCACCAACAGCGUAUAUGACGUUACGCGCGUCAGCAAAGUGCUGGACAAGGACAUUUCGACAGUAACAUAUAUUGUCAACGACUCUGUUGUCACCACUAUCGUUAACCCGGUGCACUCAAGCUCCAACUACUACCCGUACUAUCCAUAAAUUGCAAC